AUGAAGAUAACAAAAGUCUUCGUGACCAUAAACUACCUUUCGCAUGCGCAAUCUGCUACUAACAGAUUGUCUUUGUCAAAAAGGAUAUUUUUUGAAAAUGGCUUUUUAAGGAGAAGUGUACAUACACGUUUAACCAAGAGAGACAAGAAAUAUUUCAUCGUAAAAAAAAAUGACAUUUGUACGAACGUUAUUAUAAUACCUAUGUAUAGGGAUAAUUAUUCAUAUAUUUUUUAUGAUGAUAAAAAUGAGGGAGUAGCAGUUGAUCCAAGUGACUAUAGUGUGGUUAAUGAAAUUUCAGAAAUGGAAAAUAUAAAAAUUAAGAAUAUAUUAUGUACGCAUAAACAUAGUGAUCAUAAUGGAGGAAAUAAUUAUUUUUUUAAUAAAAAAAUGAAUGUGUAUGGAAUUAAAGAAAAGGAUAAUAAAUACAUAAAUAAAAAUCUUGAAAAUGUACAAAAUUUCGAAAUAAAUAAUUUUAAAAUUUCAACCUUUUUGUCAAAUUUUCACUGUAAUAAUCAUAUUUCUUAUUUAAUAGAAAAUUCCAAAAAAACAUUGUUAAAAAAAAUAUUUUUUACAGGAGACUUUUUAUUUAUAUGUGGACUUGGGAAAAAUUUUGAAGGCAAUAAUAUGGACUUGUACAAUUCGGUAAACAAUUUAAAAACUUUGCAAAAGGAAGCAGGAAAAAUAUAUGUUUUCUGUGGUCACGAAUAUACACAAGACAAUAUAAAAUUUGCCUUAACUGUGGAUGCAUGUAAUCAAAAAUUAAUCGAUUUUCAUGAUCAAGUUUUGAAAAAUGAAAAUACCUUCCCUACAGUUCCGUCUUUGCUGGAAGAUGAAUUUGCGUACAAUCCCUUCUUGCGAUGUCACCACGCGAAUAUACGAAAUGAAAUUCAAAAAUAUGCUAAAAAAAACAAUUAUGUAAUUAGCAAAAAUUAUGAGUAUCUAGUUCUUUUGCGAAUAAUGAAAGAUAACUUUUAA